AACGUCGGCGCUCGCGGCGGAACGCACGGUCUUCUCUCAGGAUUUUCGCCUCCUGAUCGCUACGAAAUGGCGACCUCAGAAACGAUUUAGUCGGUGUUUUGUUUUGGUUUUUUUUUUUUUUUUUUUUUUUUUUUUUAAAUUUACCUCACAGUCAGCCAGGAACACUGACGCUAGUCUGAGACUUGGCUUUAGCUGGCUGGUUUAGCUAGUCAGACGCGAGUGCUGAACCGUAGGGGCUUGGGUAGCUAGCUAGCUGGGCUAAGAGCCGUGCCGGAGCCGUUGGACGUGGAUGUGGACAUGGCAGCGGGAAGCGAAGGUCCCGGCUCAGCGGGCGCUGAAGACAAGACCCCCUCCUGCAGACAAGGACAAGGAGAAGGUGAAGCUAACCGGAGGCUGAAGUACAUCAGCUUGGCUGUCCUAGUGAUCCAGAAUGCCUCACUCAUCCUCAGCAUCCGCUACGUACGCACGCUGCCGGGAGACCACUUCUUCACCACGUCCGCCGUGGUCAUGGCCGAGAUCCUGAAGGUCCUCACCUGCCUCAUCAUCCUCCUGGCUCAGAGGAGAGGAAAUAUCAGGGCCUUUGUGACCUUGCUGUACGACUCUAUAGUGGUCCAGUAUCGGGAUACGCUGAAGUUAUCGGUUCCGUCACUUAUCUACACCUUACAGAACAACCUGCAGUAUGUAGCCAUCUCCAAUUUACCAGCAGCCACUUUCCAGGUGACGUACCAGCUGAAGAUCUUGACCACGGCGCUCUUCUCCGUGCUGAUGCUGCGGAAGAGCCUGUCUCGGGUGCAGUGGCUCUCCCUGCUGCUGCUCUUCACCGGUGUGGCCAUCGUCCAGGUGGAGCAGGACGGCAGCAAGCAGAAGGAGGCAGCGGUGUCGCCCGCAACCCAGAGCUACGUCAAGGGCCUGCUGGCUGUGGUGGUGUCGUGCCUGUCGUCAGGCUUCGCCGGCGUCUACUUCGAGAAGAUCCUGAAGGGCAGCUCGGCGUCAGUGUGGCUCCGCAACGUGCAGUUGGGCAUCUUUGGCACGCUGCUGGGCCUCCUGGGCAUGUGGUGGAACGAUGGAGCCGCCGUGGCCGAGAAGGGCUUCUUGUUCGGCUACACGCCCAUGGUGUGGGGCGUGAUCUUCAACCAGGCGUUCGGCGGCCUCCUGGUGGCCGUGGUGGUGAAGUACGCGGACAACAUCCUCAAAGGCUUCGCCACCUCCUUCUCCAUCAUCGUGUCCACAGUCACGUCCGUCUACCUGUUCGGCUUCCACGUGGACCUGCUGUUUACGCUCGGCGCCGGCCUCGUUAUCGCCGCCGUGUACAUGUACAGCCUGCCGAAGGCUGUGGCCCUGCCCCCCAGCCUUGGCUCCGCCGCUUCUUCCUGCAGCCACGGAGAUUCGAGGAUGGAAGCAUUCCUUCCAAAUAACCCCUCUCCAACGUGUCAUCUUAACUCUCCCCGCUGCUCUGGGCUCGACUUUGGGGCACCUGCUCUCUCCUUCUUGCUGGUGUGAGAAGCUUAUGCAAGCGUGUGCAAGCAUGUGGGGGGCUGUGAGCCGUGGCUGGCUGCAUGUGCCUAGAGGAGGUGGAGAAGUUCUGGUUCAGAAAAGUAAAAGCCCUGCCAGGAUCUGUCGCCUUCACCCGAUUUCACUCAUUUCUUCCUGCCUGGUGGCACGAGCUAACUGGCACAUCCGGGCAAUUCGAAGGAACACCUGGGGAGGACUUUUACUUUUGAAACUCAACUGCCCAUCUGUGGUGCACAGUCAUGGUGAUGGGGCAGAUUACCGAGCUCUGCUAGCUGACUCAGACCCCAUCAAAGGAGGCCAGCUCCGCUCUACCUGAGUUCACUCCCAGCCCUGCUUGUGGGACACCAGGCUCUCAGUUUCACGCAGUCCUGAAAAUCUUACUGAACUGCGUCAGGUGUGUUUGGAACAGCAGUCGUGCAUCUGCAGGACGUGGGUUGUUCGCAUCUCGUAAUGUUGCCUGUCAGACUUUUAAAUGCCUUGCAGCUUUUGUGACCAAUUCUCUAGAAGUAGCCAUUUCAGAAGCGCUGUCGUUACUCUGUGUACGCUGAGAUCGCUUAGACUGAUCUCAGUCUGGUAGGGCAUCUACUCCCCUGCGCCUUAAACACCCUUCUCCUGUUAACACGGAAAGGCUCGCUGCACGCCUGCGUGCACAAGGCAAACAUGUUUAUUAGGAUUCCAAAGAUGCGCAAGUUACUGACAUUCCAUCAGAGCACCUUGCCUAACAGGAAUAUGGGUGUUGUGAGCUAAAUCUGCGUUUUGGGUGGCUUGUUUCAUACGCAGCGUCCCAGUCAGCUCCAGCCCCCAGCAGACCUGGACCAGGCUGCUGCACUGACACUAGGACCUUGGUCGCACCUCCAACAGAGGGCUGUAGGGGGCUCCACGAGACACAUGUUUUGGCGGGCUUCGCUGGCACCUCUUGCAGCUUGACGGGGUGUGCCAUUUACUAGGAGUACUAUGACUGAAGGCGUCAUAAAUUAGUUUACAUAUUUAGUUGACAUAUUCCUACUGAUUGCUUCUAACUUUAUUUAGGAAGUACCCUCUUCUUGCUUUUGUUUAGUGUAGGGUGUUGAGUGCUAAUAUAACAAUCAGGAAGUAAUGUUAUCUGCAGGCAGGUCUCAAUUCUGAGAAACGUGUCAUUCUGAUACUAUCACACGCCCACAUAGUGUUUGCAUCCCAGGGCCAUUUAAUAAGACAGUACUUUGGACUGCCUGAGGGAAGUGGUGUUUACUCUGCACCAACACGCCUGAUUCAGCUAACGCUGGGGUCUGGGAGUCGACUUGGGUGUGUUUGAGUGGAGGGUGUGAUGGGUUGCACAGUGUUCUGGCCCUCCAGGUCUGGAUCUGAGUAAGUGAUCUGAAUCAAUAGAACAGAACCCCAGAGCAGGCUCAGUUGAGCCCCAAUGGUGUUCGUUUGACACUGUGGGAAAUUCAUUUGAAACUCACCCAUAAAUGAAAUGGAAGUGACUUGCUGGAAGGAGAGGAAAGUGGGAAGAGUGAGUGUGAGUGUGAGUGCCGUCUGAAAUACUUCUCGCAUGCCCAUAUAUACAUAUAUAGAAGGUCCUAUAUAGAAGUUUCCUACUUCUCACUUGUAUGGAAGUCAGAAAUUCUUUUUAUUAACUCUAAGGACGAUGAUAAGCUUUUUUUUUCUUUUUUUUUUUUUCUCCUAAGCAUGUGUAAUCUUUAAACUGAAUCCUGGCAAAACUACUACCCUAGGAAACAAUGCAACAAUAUAUAGCAUAAAUGAAUUCUUCAGGUUAUACAGUAUGUCAACAUAGAAUUUCUCAUUUGUUCCAAGAGUCCUAUUUUGUUAUGCAUAAAUGGUGCACCCUUAGUAUGAACUUACUUACCCCUAUUCCAACCAGAUAGC